AUGUUCAAAACCGUACCACGUUUGGUCAGGUCGCAGGGAAACUUGCUGAAGGGAAUCUUUGGUAAAGGCGGAGAAAAAGAAGCUGUGAAGCAUCUGACCGCCGAGGAACAGGAAAGUCUCCGUAAAACUCUUCCUAGUAUUCGUGCUCGAGAAUCUACUCAAGUUCAAGUUCCCUCUGAAUCUGUUACCGACUUCGACGAUGAUAUUUUUGAAAAUCGUAUCGAUCAGGAUUCUAUUCGAGCAAGAGGAUUCCUAAAAUACACCCAAAGUUAUACUCCGAGUAACGAAGUGAAAAACCAAGUACUCAAAACGGCUUCCGAGUGUCUUCAAAAAGCUGGAAUUAGUUCGGAAAACGUGGAACAAUACAAGUUCGUUGAAGGCGAUAAUUCUUUGAAAUUUGAGCUUAUCAACCGGUUGGGAAAGUCUAUCAAACACUGGCCAACCAAUGGAAAACUUCUACAUCUCGAAACCGUAGCUGACGUAGUGAAGUUUUAUCAAGAGCCUGUCAAAAAUAUUACGAAAUACACAGAAAUGGCACGUGACGAAACAAAACCGAAAAAUGUGUCGAUAAUGGAGCAAGCAGUUCGUUUUCAUCCAGAAGACACCCAUAUGUAUCACGGUGGUAUCACAGCUUUCCCGGGCAGUGGUGGUGAAGUGAUCUCUCUACGUCAAAAGAGACUACUUCGACAAUUUCAACCAAAGAAAGAGUGGUUCGAUUACGAUGACCUCACUUUCGAUUAUUCUCGACCUGAUAAAAGCAUGCCGUGGGAUCCAGAAGUGGCUAAACAAAUGGACAAAUACACUGAUAAACGAUACAAUCUGAAUACAAAACAGUUUACAAGAAUCAAGCAAUAA